AUGGAAUUGCUCAAGCUUUCGAAGCUGAAGCUCCAACUACAAGCCCUCGUCGCCGAAGCUCGAGAUCUCAGGGACAGGGAACGCUCCGCCACCGAGCAGCUCCACCUUCUAAUCCAGAAGCUGAAGCGGAACGAGGAGGAGUGCGGCAGAAAGAUACAGGAAUUGCUGGACGAGUUGGCUUCUGUUAAAGAGGAGCGCCAGAAACUGGAGAGAAAGGUGAUUUAUCUUGAGAACGAUAAUGUGCUGCUUGAGAACAAGCAGAAAGAGUUGAAGGGAACGCUGAAUAAUUUACUUCAGUCUAGGGAAAACUUUGUGAAUGCUUACGAGGAAUCUACUUCUCAAAUGAAACGUUCAAUUGAAGCCAAAGAUAGGAUGCUCAGUGUCCUUUCAGAGAAAAUAAGCUCUUAUGUAGCAUUGUUUGAUUCAAUAGAGAAGGAGGCGUUUUCUAUCAAGCAAAUUGUGGAUAAAGUCCAGAACGUUGUCAAUGAUAGAGAGGAAGUUGUGGCCGGCUUGAGAAACAAAAUGGAUUGGGUCUCUGCAUUUGAAAAAGAAUUUGUUGAAAAUAUCUCUGAUCUAAGAAAUAAACUGGAAAACAAUGAGUCUGAAUUAAGAAGAAAGGAUAGAAUCAUCUCAGAACUUGAAGCAAAGCUGGAUGUGGCAAAAGUUUGCAACCAUAACCAAGCUCAAAUGGAAGAUAUUCAGAAAACUUUAUCUGCAAAGGAUGCGGAGAUACAUAAUUUAAUUUCAGACAAAGAGGUUUUACAUUAUGAAGUUGGAAGCUUAAGACUUGUCUUACAGAGGAUUCAGGAUACUGUAACAAAUAUGAAUGAAGAGGACAAAAGGUUAUUCUCAUCAAUUUUGCAACAUAAAGAAGCAAUUAUAACGGAUAUGGACAUUGUAGGUAACGGGAUGGAAGAUGUUCAAAACAACGAAGAGAAGGCUCAGGAACCUACUUGAUUGCUCUCUUAAAAGACUCAGUGGAAAUGUUUUGGGCUGACGAUGGAUUGAGACCAAAAUGAUCAACAGAAGGAUUCACUACACAUCCAUCUGCGUCUUUGAUAACAGGCAGACUGGUAUGAGUUUCUUUCUGCUUGUACAAGAUGUGUAAAUUAAUAGAAAAUUGAAAGAUGUGCUCAUAAAUAAUUUAAGUUUUUGAGCACUUCAAAGUUCAAACUGUUUUUGAACCCCUUCCGCUAAUGUCUGAUCAUAUUCUUUAGUGUUUGGGAUAAUUAUGCAACAAGUGUUGGUGUUCAACAAUGCAAAUAAUUUAUUUACCUGGUGAAUAUUUGUUUACUCAGAUCCUAUUUUGAUUUUUUUAAACAGCAAAAAGACAUCCUAUUUUGAUUAAGUUGGAUAUUAGGCUCAAGUGGGGAGGAAGGUUGAGAAUGUACAUAUAAUGACACUUGAAAGCAUGGUUUGAUUCUCAAUUUUUAUUUUUAUUUUUCUCAUGAUUGUUAAAUUGAAGAGCAAUCUCCAAUUAUUCAAUUUAUUAGAUCUUGAAU